AAUGUUUUGGGGUACUCAAGUCACUCAAGGAUAACCAUAUAAAUUAACUGCUGAAGAAGCUACAGUGAUUCAUAUCUCAAAUGUAGUUCUAGCAGAAGGUGAUAGCAAAGUUUAAGUCUAUGCAAAAGUAAAGGGAAAGGAAUUUGUACUUGCCAACCUUGAAAAAAAUAAGGUAUGGUAAUUUUUUUAUAGUUAGUUGGAAUAAGCCUUUUUGGAUCUUUACUUUAGAGUUGAUUAGCAGGUUGAGAUUGGAAUUAAAGGAAAAGGUUCAGUUCACCUUUCAGGCUACAUUGAACCAGAUGAAGAAGAAUUAGUAUAUAUUAAGAUAAUCUUUUUUAGAACGAAGACUUGGAUUUUGAAGACGAUGAGAGUGAGGAAGUUGAGUAAUAAAAGGUUAAAAAACCUGAACCACCUAAAUAAACUGAAUAAGUAAAGUAAUAACCAAAAGAACAAUAAAAACCAUAAACUUAAUAAUAAUAAAAAACAUAAGUAUAAUAAUAAAAGCCUUAAAACCAACAAUAAAAAGCACAACCAGAAUAAUAAUAAAAAGCUAAACCUCAAGCUACAACUUAAAAACAGUAAUAAUAAUAGCCCAAAAAGGCAGAUGAAGAUUGGAAUGAUAAUGAAGAUGGAGAAGAUGAAGAAGAAGAACUUCUUGACUAAAGUGAUGUUGAUGAUGAGGAAGUGGAAGGAGACUUAGGAGAUGAAGAAGAUGAUGACGAAGAAGAUGUCGAUGAUGAAGAAGAUGACGAUGAACCAGAAUGUAUAAUUAUUGUAUUAAAUUUAUAGAAAAUAAAAAAUUCAUUAAAGGCAAUUAAGGAUAACAAGUCAAGCCAUAAUAGAAAUAGUAAUAGAAACCAUAACACUAAUAAUAAUAAUAUAACAAAUAAUAACAUUAAGGAAACCAAUAAUUUAAAUAAGGAUAGAAACCUUUCUAACAAUAACAUAAAUAAGGAUAAUAAUAUCACCAAAACAAAGGAGGAAACUAAAACCAAUAGAAAAAUUUCAAGAAAAAUAAUAACUUUAAUAAUAAUAAUAAUAGAAAGAACUUUAAUAAAAAGAAUAACAAUAGAGGUGGAUUCAAAGGAGGUAGAUAAUGAGU